CCGGGAAGCAGUAUAAAAGGCAAAGUCACCACAGAGACAAACACGGCUCAGGGAUGGAGUCAGGAACACUACAUGUAAGGAGGGUACUAGGCGGUAAAACUUUGGAGGCUGGUGAUGACGAGGAGGCCUCACCAGAGCGGGUGACCCAUCGUCCCCUGUCCCCUCUGGCCCGCCUCUAUGUCUACGCCCUGCACGGCUGCCUGUGUGAGGUGGGCUUCACUGCUAUAUGGGACUGGUGGGAGACCAAGGACAGGAGGCUGGCAGGACACACCAGCCUUUGGGCCCUCCCGAUGUACGCCUUGGCCAUCUUCCUCAUAGAGGGCCUGCGUGGCAGGCUGUUGGCCCAGCACUGCCCCCUGAUGCUGCGGAUGCUGGUCUACACCCUGUUCAUCUACAUGUGGGAGUUUAGCUGGGGCGUGGUGCUGAGGUUGCUAGGAGCCUGUCCAUGGGACUACUCUGGGUUUAGCUAUAACCUGGCAGGGCUGGUGACUCUGGAGUACGCCCUGCCCUGGGCCUUGGCCUCACUUAUAGCAGAGCAACAUGUCAUCAGAAAUACUCUGAGAGUACGACUGACUAACUGACGCUCUGUAGAGGAUGACCAAGUCAUACAGUCUCACAUACAUCCUAUUAUAUACACAGCAUACUUAAGCAAUAAGGACUGCCUGGACACAGCCCUUAGCCGUGGUAUAUUGGCCAUAUACCACAAACCCCCAAGGU